AUCUUGAAAAGUAAAUGGUUCAAAGCUGUGGAGCUAGAAGAGAUCAAGAGGAACAAGCAUGGAAACUGUGAUGAACAAAAUGGGACAGUUGUUGUAGAGGAAGCUAACGAUGGUAACGAGCAUGAAUUACCUGCCGAGAAUGUAAAGGAGGUACAGAGUGAAGGGUGUGAUGAAGCACCUCGGCAAUUGUCUGAAGACCAACUGGUAAUUUGGAAAAGACUGAAUGAAAUCAGAUUGAGUCAGGACCAAGACAAAGUACCAGCUUUGAAGAAAAUUGCAAAGCGAAGGAUAAGAGAGGAACUCCAGGUUGUAGAAGAAGUAGCGGCCCAAAUACAAACAAACGACAUCUCGGAAACCAACAGGGUACUGCAUGCCACUGCAGUAGUAGUAACGGAAAGACUGGGUCUCAAACCUGGCAAGAAGAAAGCAACCAAAGAACCAUGGUGGAAAAGACGGUUACAAGGACAGGUGGAUCAGCUGCGAAAAAACCUUAGCCUGUAG